UUACUAGGUUGAUGAAGCAGUCGAGGUCUGAGUCUGGACUCUGCAGUAGAGUACGAGGCCGGUGAGGUGUAGACGUGUAUGUCUUAUCUCAACUAUCAUAUUAUGGACGACUGAUACCCCACAUGUGAGUGGCAGUUUCGUUUUGGCUGGACCAGAUCACAGCAAACGACCAGACGUGACGGCCUAAAAGAUCCGUCGAUGGUGGAUACAGGAAUUAAAGUGAAGAUAAUCCCUCAUAACUGAUUAGAAAGAGAGAUUAGUUUGAUAUAAGGGAUUACAAGAGAGAACACAGAUAACAAGGCAAGAACACUAGAGAGAGAACACAAGCGAACCCUAACCAACCUUCCAACACGUAAAGAAACGCCCCAGAACCACCGAGAGGGCGACACACCGCGAUGCCUUCCAUAACAUCAACGACACCACCGUGCGGGAAUCUUCCGACGCACACCGACACGACCAUAUAUCAAUUCAUCAACUGCCGCUUAGUUCGACGUGGGCGUAUUGUCAAGGACGACUUCUGGGUUAGAGGCGGCAAGAUCUUGAACCCAGAACCCGUUUUCUAUGUGGAGAAACUACAGGCAGAUGUAAAGGUGGAUUGUCAUGAUGCUCUGAUCUGUCCCGGGUUCCUGGAUAUACAGAUUAAUGGAGGAUAUGGCUACGACUUCUCAUCUGACAUCGAUAAAUUAGAGGAAGGGUUAGCGGCUGUAGCUAAGGGUGUCCUGGCAACUGGCGUCACCUCCUUCCUGCCUACUCUCGUUACUUCCCCCAAAUCCGUUUACCAUCAGGUUAUACCACGCAUAAAAAAGACACCAGGGGGGCCCGGGGGUGCGAGUAUACUUGGCGUUCACGUGGAAGGUCCGUUCAUUAGCCCCGCCAAGAAGGGCGCUCACCCUCUCCAGUACCUUGAAGGGGUGGAAGAGGGUAUGAGUAAGGUCCUCGACGUUUACGGGUCAAUUGACAACAUCGCCAAGAUAACCAUCGCCCCAGAGUUACCCGGAGCCCAAGAGGUCAUCCGUCACCUGUCAAGUCGGGGCAUCGUUGUGUCUGUGGGUCACUCAAGCAGUAACUUGGAAGAGGGGGAAGCUGCCGCCAACAAUGGAGCAACAUUUAUUACCCAUCUCUUCAAUGCCAUGUUGCCAUUCCAUCACCGGGAUCCUGGAUUGGUCGGGCUGCUCACCAGUCGCCUCAUCUCACACCCCGUCCACUAUGGGAUCAUCUCGGACGGCAUACACACUCACCCAGCUGCUCUCAGGAUCGCUCACCGUGCUCAUCCGCAAGGCAUAGUGCUAGUGACAGAUGCGAUGGCUGCCAUGGGCCUGGGUGAUGGGGUGCAUCAGAUUGGACAAAUGAAGGUUUUGGUGGAGGGACGAAAAGCACGAUUGGUUGAUUUUGACACUCUUGCUGGUUCUGUGGUCACCAUGGAUGACUGUGUUAGACACUUUAUUAAUGGUGCAGGUGUAAGUCUAGUUGAAGCGAUUGAUGCUGCCACUCUUCACCCAGCCAGGGUCAUGGGCAUCGAUCACCUCAAGGGCACUCUGGAAUAUGGCACAGAUGCGGACUUUGUGUUGGUAUUGGACAAGGGGCCUUUGAAAGUGCUAAACACAUUCAUUGCCGGGGAGUGUGUUUACUCCGCCUCUGAUGCUCCAAAUCUCACCUUCACCCAGAAAUCUCCCUCAGAUAUAUAACCAUUCAUACUGUAGUACAAUGUGUAUGUGUGGGUAGAAAUUCCACUACUGUAAUGUACUGUAGAUGGAUACUGUACUGUAGUCUUGUGUAUUGUCGAACACAGUGAUAGCUUAUAUACUGUACUGUAGUCUCUCUCUCUCUCUCUCUUGUUGUUCUCUCUUUAUCCUGUCGUUCUUUGUCUCUCCUGUUGUAUGAUUAGUUCUGUCUCUCUCUCUCUCUCUCUCUCUCGUGUGUGUAUAUAUAUAUGUGUGUGUGUGUGUGUGUGUGUGUGUGGACAAUAUCCUAAGAACAAGCCGUGAAUUUCCUCCAAACCUGAAAAAUUUAAUAUGAUGCACUUUGCCCAUUUCUUCUGGGAUCAUGUAGCUCUAUGUGUUUAUUUAUCAACCAUUUGGGGAUCUUCAUUACUUAAAGAUAUCGUCAUGUAUGCUCUGAUAAUUUCCCUUUAAAGUAUGGUAGACACAUUCCUCAGUACGCAGCGGUGAAGCAUAUUGUUAGAUGAAGGGAUGUAAACAAUUCUAUAAGGGAAUUUUUUUGCUAGAAUAUAUUUUUUCUUGUUUAAGGAUUUUUAUUGUUUUGGCAUUAUGAGGUGACCCAUGUGUUUGAGGUAUUUUGAUCCACGUGUUUGAGGGGUGAUUUUGACCCACGUGUUUGAGGGGUGAUUUUGACCCACGUGUUUGAGGGGUGAUUUUGACCCAUGUAUUUGAGGGGUGAUUUUGACCCACGUGUUUGAGGGGUGAUUUUGACCCACAUGUUUGAGGGGUGAUUUUGACCCACGUAUUUGAGGGGUGAUUUUGACCCACGUGUUUGAGGGGUGAUUUUGACCCACGUGUUUGAGGGGUGAUUUUGACCCAUGUAUUUGAAGGGCGAUUUGGGGAGCUUCUUUUAUCUGUAAGAGUUAUCCAGAUAAUACCUCAACCAAUGUGCAUCAUAUUUGAAAUACAUUUGUUUGAUUAUUCUGUGAACCUUCUUAUUAGACCAUGAUGACUGUACACUGUGGACCUUUUGCUUUACUCUCAGGAUCCUUGAUACAGUAUAUAUGUGUCACUCAUAAUCUCACGUAGGUCCUUCCCAUCACCAUUGUUGACACCCAUAAAGGUAUUGUGUCUUGGUUCUUCUCAUCACAUUACUUUAACUCUUAACUCAACAUUUAUGGUUAUUUUAUAGAACUGUGACUGUCUUGGUAUGGAUGUAACAGGACAGGGGAUACUGACUUGAGUACUGUUUACUGACAGGCAUGGCAUAUAUUGUAUUAUAUUGUUAUGCUUGUUUCUGGUAUAGAUUUAUCUGACUGCCUUACAUGUAAUUCAUUACAGUUAUAAUUAAUAACAGUAAUUAACAUUUAAUGUUAUGGCCUUGGAAUUAUGGUAAUUACAUUUAGUGGUACUUCAAAAGUACCUAAGCUGUUCUGUUACUUACAGUAAUUAUAUCAAACUAAGGUGAUAAGAUUUAGUCAAGAGCUGGUUGGUUCAAGACAGACAAAUACUUGACUUAGAGAUGAUGUAGCCAAAAAAUGAUGAUAGAUUAUAAGUCACCAUUGUUUAUCUUUAAGUGCACCAAUAACUGGUGAAAUAUUUGAUGCUCAGUCUGGUGAUAAUUACAUAAUAUAUUGAUAAGAUGCCACAGUAUUGUUGAUGAAGGAGUCUUAAAUAAUUAUCAGUGACAUACGGUAGACUCUUAUCAUAGUAUUGUUUACUUUGUAUUUAAACACAAAUAUAUAUAUAUAUAUAUAUAUAUAUAUAUAUAUAUAUAUAUAUAUAUAUAUAUAUAUAUAUAUAUAUAUAUAUAUAUAUAUAUAUAUAUAUAUAUAUAUAUAUAUAUAUAUAUAUAUUGAUAUUAAUCAGAAUUUAUUGUAUUAUGUCAAAAAGACAAUUGUUUUUCACUCUUGUUAGGCCUUGACGUGCCUUGGUGCAGUGUGUCUGGCAUCAAGAGCAACACAGAUUUACCACAUUCAUUAUCAUCUGUUUGUUCUUAAGGUCUUGACAUUUUCACUGUUUACCUUUAUCCUCUUCCUUCCCUGUGAUGUUCCCCAGAUGUAUCAAUAAUAUUAGUCAAGUGUCGUGUAAAUUUAACUUUUUGUAACUUUUCUACUUUUAUUAUUUUACUUCAUUUUUUUUCUCAUCUGUCUUUACUUGUGUUUUGUUUAUUAUUGUUUUUAACCUGUAUAAAUAAAGUGAAUCAACUGAAGUAUCCAAGAAGGAGUUCACGGGAUAUUACAAAGCUGUACUUGUUGCCAUGACCUGCCAUAAACACACCACAACACUUCAAGGACCAUACAGAUUGUAUUUGAGGCUUAACAGAGACAUUUGUUCCUUCAAGAGCCCAGAAGAGUUCAGUACUAGCCCUCCAUCUUAAGGUUGUGUGGCCAUGGUUUAUAAAAUGGCCUGAGUGUAUUCCAUUUUAUUGUAUUAUUCUUGUAUUAUAUUGAAGUGCUUAGAGUACAUAUUUUAUUCUUAAUUCAGCUUUACCAUUCAUGCUAUUCUCACUAAGGCUGUGUACUGAGUGUAACGUCUGAAGCUGAACAGGACUUUACUACAUAUAAGAAUUUUCAAGAGUAUUUAAUGAACUUCAGAUUAUCUCAUGAGACGUGCCAUAGAAAGUAUGCACUAUGUAUUAAGCUCUGACAAGGUGGCUCUUCCCCUUCACCUCAGUGUUCUGGGUUGUCUGUUUACUUAAGUUAUAAGACAAUUAUGAGAUUUUUUAACUAGGAUUUUAUAUUUCUCAGUGGAAGCUUUCUUAACUGAGCACACUUAGAAUUAAUAAGUAAUUUCAGUUUGACAGUUGAAAAGAUUACAGUCAAACUCAUCUUUUUUAUGUGUCUCAACCCAGCUCAUAAGUGAGAGAUGAGGGUAACCACUGCCUCUGUAUAUUCUACUGUGGCAGACCUACCAGUAACAGUACAGGGAUUUACCAAAGUAUUUAUGACCCCUUGGUUAGUACAGUACUUGGCCGAGCUGGGUUAUUGUGUGCAUGGCAACACUGAUGCACAUUAAAGGAGGUUAUUAGAACAUGUAAGAGAGUAGUUCAUGUUGAUGUGAUUAGCUGACUACAUAUCCAGGGAGUUCUGUCUCUUGUAGUUUAUUUGUUGAUGGUUUAGUGUAAUUACUAACCUUGUUAUGCGCUUAAAGACAUUAGUUGUUGAAUUGCAGUUAACAUUAUAACAACAACAGCUGCAUAUUCUACUCUUUCCUUUUGUAAUUCAAGUAAGGUUUGUAGUCAUUAAUGUACUCUCUCUUUUGCUUUCCACUCCAGGAAGUUUUUAACUUUGAGGAGCCACACCAUGUCAGUCAAGGUAUCAUGUCUUAUAUCUGUCAGUGAUGUGGCCUCCAGUUGUAUACUAGUGUGACUUGAGCAGUAUGUCAGUUUCAACAAAUGUUCAUGACAACUAACCAAGGAAUUAAUAUUCUAAACGUGGCUCAAAGUCCGAGGAGCGAACUUUCAUGUGUACUGUAGUCCAAUAUCAGCAUGUGCAGGGAUAUAAAGUUGCCUACUGGCUGAAUGACUCUGUAUAGGCCAGUUUACUUUCUAUAACAGAGUACUUCGAUGUUUUGUAUUAGUGUACAACAUUAUUUUGUAUACUUGUAGGUUAAGGUUAUAUAAAUGGUGGAAAGCUUCACCAUUAAAUUUUAUUUUGUAUUUUACUAGAUUUUAGUUGAUUACAUUAUGUGCAAUGAAAGUAUUGUAAAGUGCGUUGAAUCUCAGUGAAAGCUUAGUGCGCACUAACUAUGUCCAGCCAGUGUUGUGUUACAGUCUCAUCCUAGUUGUUGUGUUAUAUUGAUAGUAUUUGCCUCAGACUGCUAGCACAAUAGUACAUCACUUUCCCAGACUCGGUAUUAUAUUGUAUGGUUCAGAAUAGUGAACAAUCCAGCAUAACAGAGAUUGUGUCACAGUAGUAUGCAUCUCCUCUCUCAGUAAGUAAUGUUAUGUUGUACUGCACCUUAUCGCACAUCAUGAAGGUAAUGAUCUCAACAGUGAACAGAUAUAAUGUUCAUUCUGUUGUUAGUCUGUUGUUAAUUUAAGUGGAGUAUUAUUGGUGGAUAAUCCUCUGUCUGGCCUCAUGACAUUCAUGUGCUGCCUUAAUACAGUACAAUGUGUUAACAGGGAGCAUGGAUAAGAUUAUUUAAUACUUAUAAUAAAAGGUAUUUCAAAGAUAUCUGGAGAGGGUUUGUUUGAGACUUCAUUGCUAGAAACAUUGGCAAAAUAACACUGAUGCACUUGGCUGUAUUUAAAACUGAAUAAAAAAAUUAUUGUGUUA